UCUACCGACGGUCUUGUGUAAAAUGGCCGCGUCUGUCAAACGUAAAUUUCACUGACAGAAGCGAACGCUACAGGAUAUAUUGGACAAAUACGCGCGAAGCGAGAUCUGGAAAGGUCAAGUCAAUGUUGAUAAACACAAGAAUGCCGCUGCAACAAAAAUAGAAGGACUCGGAAUUAUUCUUAAUACAAGUAUGGAAAAAAGGGGCAGCGCAGAACUUCUUAGUGUGGAGCAGAAUAAUUCUAAGAAUGCCAGUUCGGAUUCCCUCAACUCGGACAGCAAGAGCAGUUCGCUUAACUCAAAAAUAGGCCAAGAAUCGGAGAGCUGGGAAAAAGCAUCGCAUUCCAAAAGCUUUUCUUCAACCUCCACUUCAACAGAUAAUAAUAUAGUCUCUACUUUGGAGGCUAAAAGAGAUAACCAAGUAAAAAAUUUGUCUGGAGGAGACACGGGACCACCGCUUUUGAACGGAGAACGAGUGCAGGGCAUCGCGCACGAAGUUACCUACUUGUGUCCCUACUCGGGACCCGCCAGAGGAAUCCUUAGCGUCACAAAUUACAAGCUCCAUUUUCGCAGCAUAGAUCGAGAAACGCCUUAUGUCGUUGAAGUGCCGUUGGGUGUCGUUAGCCGGAUCGAAAAGGUCGGCGGUGCAUCCAGUAGAGGAGAGAACUCUUACGGGAUCGAAGUGUUUUGUAAAGACAUGAGGAAUCUCAGAUUUGCUCACAAGCAGGAGAAUCAUUCCAGACGGGACGUUUUCGAGAAGCUGCAACAGUAUUCUUUUCCGCUAUCACACAAGUUACCUUUGUUCGCUUUCGAAUACUCGGAGACUUUUUCGGAAAAUGGCUGGAACGUUUACGAGCCUAUAGCGGAGCUGAAAAGAAUGGGUGUAAAUAAUGACAUGUGGAAAAUAUCGAAAAUCAACGAUACCUAUUCACUGUGCGACAGUUAUCCGGCAGUCUGGGCGGUACCCGCCGCAGCAACUGAUGAGGAUCUUCAAGCGUCCGCGGGAUUUAGGAGUAGAGGUAGACUUCCGGUCCUCUCCUGGAUCCAUCCGGAGAGUCAAGCGACGAUCACUCGCUGCGCUCAGCCGCUUGUGGGCGUUGGGGGUAAGCGAAGUCGCGAAGACGAAAGGUACGUCCAGCUCAUAAUGGACGCAAACGCGCAGAGUCACAAGCUGUUCAUCAUGGAUGCCCGGCCGAUGCCGAAUGCGAUAGCGAACAAAGCGAAAGGUGGCGGAUACGAGAGCGAGGACGCUUAUCAGAACGCGGAGCUGGUUUUCCUCGACAUUCACAACAUUCACGUCAUGAGGGAGAGUCUUAGGAAAUUAAAAGAAUUAUGUUUCCCUACAAUCGACGAGGCUCGAUGGUUGUCGGGAAUAGAAUCGACAAUGUGGCUUAAGCAUAUCAAAUGUGUUCUCGCUGGAGCUGUGAGAAUCGUAGACAAAGUGGAGAAUCACAAGACUUCUGUCCUAGUUCAUUGUUCCGAUGGCUGGGACCGAACGGCGCAGCUCACAGCCCUCGCAAUGUUAAUGCUAGACCCGUACUAUAGAACGGUCAAGGGUUUCGAAGUUCUAAUAGAGAAAGAGUGGCUCAGUUUCGGACACAAGUUUCAACAGAGGAUAGGCCACGGAGAUGAGCAUCACAGCGAUGCGGACCGAUCUCCGGUGUUCUUACAAUUUAUCGACUGUGUCUGGCAGAUUACCCGACAAUUCCCCAACGCUUUCGAGUUCAACGAACACUUUCUAAUCACCAUUCUCGAUCAUCUCUACUCUUGCAGAUUCGGCACGUUUUUAUUCAGCAGGUACGCGCAUUUGACUUACUCUGUCCCUCAAGAUACACGAAUCAUCAGGAUUAUCGUUUACAGUGAACGCGAGAGGAUGCAAGAGCAAGUGAAACAGAGAACGGUCUCCCUUUGGUCGUAUACCAACAGCCAGCUACCUCUUUACCUGAAUCCUCUGUAUCGGUCCGGUCCCAACUAUCAACUUGUUCUGAUGCCGAUCGCCAGUAUGCGUUACAUCAAGCCGUGGAAGACUCUCUACUGCAGAUGGAAUCCCAGCAUGCGGCAGCAGGACCCCGUCUAUCAGAGAACAAGGGAGCUUCUAGUCUUGAAAGAGCAACUCGAGAAACAGUUGGAGGAAGGUCGACGCGAACAGGCCUCGCGGGCGAAUCGAUCUCUGACCUCGCCGGCGCCGCCGAGGAUACAUUCCCCGGUCCACUCAUAGCGCAGCAGGAACCCCGACCGUCUGACGAUUUGUAGUUUUGUAAAUGAGCUGUAAACUUGACCCACUCCUUCGAGCCAGUACAAGAUGUUUGAUUGACUGAACUCCGUUUGGAUGCUUAUAUACAAUAUGGCCCACUCGAUAAAGGCAGACAUUGAUAUUCAAAAGCGAGAGCGCCUUUGUAGUUCAGUUAAUUAAUCGCAACCGGUAUAUAUGUAUAAUGGUUCUCUUUCCACGUGACUAUAUACCGAUUAUAAUAUCGA